AUGGUUGAACAUCUUUCUAUUGAGGAAUCAAUCUCCAUGAAAGGCUCAAAGCCAUCUGCGGCUCGUAUCUCAUUUUUCAAUGUAUACCUGAUCCUCUCAUCUUUCUGUGCAAUAGCUGGGCUCGUUAUUGCCUCGGUCUCGUUGCGUACAACCACGGACUUCAAGUCCUCGCAAUUCACUACCGACCUUGAGCGCACAUUUAACAGCACGGUAUACGCCAUUGCAAAUAGUGGGCCGUCUGCCCCAUCAUGCGAAAAUCUCGCGGCAGAAUCCAUCACUGGCCAGACAUCAAUCCCAGGCCAAUGUGUCACCGUUGCAGACAGUUGGAAUAUGUGGGUGACGCGACUUGCUCACAACUGUGCUCCCUAUGCCUAUGCACAGGAGAACUGUUCUGGUGUUCGCAGGCAGACUUUAAAUAUUACCUUCGGUGUUCCAUACUGUAUCUUUGCAGCUGGUGCGGGGGAAUUAGGUGGUGCCGGUGGGAAUUUCUACAAGAGCUUCCAGAUAUUGUGUACAUAA